UGUAAGAGACAAAGCAGUGUAAUUGUACAGCUGUCUGGAGAUUUCACAGAAAUGCCUACCUACCACUUGUUCAAAUAUUGCAGCAUAAAUAUCAAAGUGUAAAGGUCUUAUGACAUUUAGCCUUUAAAAGGAAGCUGCCAGUGACAAGCUGGUGAAUUUGCUGUAUCCUCCUGAUGUUUUACAGGGACUUAAUUAGAGCAGUGAUCUGUCUCCAUCUCCUCCAACAUGCUGCUUUCGCUCCAGUGGUUUUGCCUGGUCCUUUUGCUUUAUCUGAUGAGCCUCAGAGGGGUGCAGGCUCAGUUUCCACGUCCCUGUACAACACCAGAGGCUCUGCAGACUCGGAUGUGUUGCCCUCUCUGGAACGGCUCUCCUUGUGGGUUUAGCUCAGGGAGAGGAGUCUGUGCACCACAUCCUGCAAGAGACCUCCCAAAACCAGUGGACUACAGGGUGAACUGGCCUCGUGCCUUCUAUGAUUCAGUAUGUACGUGCUGGGGAAACUAUGAUGGAUUUGACUGUGGUCAGUGCCUCCCGGGCUGGAGAGGACCCCAAUGUCUGCAAAGGCACCAUGUGGAAAGGAAAGAGAUAACAGAUCUGACUGAUUCUGAGAGGGAGACCUUCCUCUCAAGCCUGCACCUGGCAAAACAGAGCCCCAGCAGCCGGUAUAUGAUCCUUACAAGCAAUGACACAACAGUGGACGGGAACUAUGGAUUUCACAACACAAAUGUCUAUGAUCUGUAUGUAUGGAUGCACUACUACUCAGCUAAGAGCUACUCUGGUUCUGAAAAUAAUGCUGCACACAGAGGCCCUGCUUUUAUCUUCUGGCACCGAGUGUUUCUGCUCUUUAUUGAGAGAGAUAUCAGGGAGCUCACUGGGAACCAAGAUUUCUACAUCCCAUAUUGGGACUGGAGCAGAACCAACCACUGCAACAUCUGCACCAACCAGUACUUUGGGGGAGUUGGCCAAGAUGGUCGUAUAGACACUGCUUCCCUUUUCUCAAAGUGGAAGACCACAUGUCCGUUUCAGCAAAGUCUUGGUAUAAUCUGCAUCUCUGAUGCCUCUGAUCCUGCACAUCUGAUCCGCAACCCUGGAAAGGAUCCAGUGUACAAAACACUACCAACCACUGAGGAUGUUGAAGACACAAUGGCAACACCACUUUUUGACACCCCUCCAUUUGACAUAACGUCAAGGAACAGCUUCAGGAACACGUUAGAAGGUUUUGAGAUUCCCGACGAUUCCCGACACCUGAAUGCCUCAAUGCACAACCUGGUCCACAGAUACUUCAAUGGCACUAUGUCUCUGGUACCCACUGCAGCCAAUGACCCCAUAUUCAUGCUGCAUCACAGCUUCAUUGACAAGCUUCUUGAGAGGUGGUUGCAGGACCACAGUGAAGCGACCUACCCUGACAGUGACCAGGUCCAUCCGGCCCAGAGAGCGCAGGCCUACAUGGCACCCUUCUUUCCGCUAUACACCAACAACUACUACUGGGGCAGGGAUACCCAGAGCCUGGGUUACAGCUACAAGGAACACAGCCUCCAUCACUCUGGAGCCGAAAACAACGAGACAGCGAGACAGGCUGCAGGGCUUCUCGAGGAAUCUACAGCCAGUGGAGUCCAAUGGCAGUGGCCUGUUCUGGGUGUAUUCAGUAUUUUAUUGCUCUGUCUUUGUGUUGGAGCUGCUAUUAAAUACAAAGACAAAAUAUGGCAAACACAAGACACUGAGACAGAGGAGAAACAGACAGAGUUUGAGAACAGGUUCAACUCUCUGUAUGCAGUCUGGAUUAAAGAGAGGAAUGGGAACACUGAUAAAUCAUCAGCAGCUGAUGUUGCCUCUGAUGGGGCUCAUUCACAAGAUGCAGCACCCAGGCCUCCAUCAGAGGGGAGGAGAGAAAGCGAGGAAACAACUGUAAAUGUGGAAAUACACCUUUAGAUUCAAAGGGAUGAAGAGUGAAUCAGAUGCAGAGCACAGAUGAAUGACAGCUAUUUUAUAUCAGCACAGCAUCACUUAGAUGGGACUUGGUGUUAUAUAAUAUAUAUGAUCUUUCACUAUUGGUUCAUCUAUUGAUUGAAAUUAUUAGUGAGUUAUUUAGUGAGUUGCUGCAAUAAAUCCUACCUUCAUGAAGGUUAUAAUGUUCAGUUGUAGCGUUGAUUCAACUUUAUGGUCUUUUUGGAGGCUGCUUCUAAUAUUUAGUGGGAUUCUUUAAAACUCUGAGAAAUACAUAUAGCUACAUGCUUGUAUGACGAUACAAGUUUAUAACUGUAAACACAAUCCAGACACGGCCUGCUACUCUUUACAUACAAAAAGUGUCAAGUUUACAUUAACACCAAAAAAGUGUUUUUUAAAAGCAUAAAUAGAGGCUACAUAGAGAUGGUGCAGGGGGAAACAUUAUGGAGCAAGAUAAAAUAUAAAAGUUUAUUAUAAAAACAAAGCAUGCACAUUGGAUAAAUUAAUUGUAUCUCUGUGCUGAUAUGCAGCUCUUUUCCAUGGGAAACAUGAUGAUGAUACUGCAUUUUCACAAGAAAUAAAUAAAAUCUGAAUAAA